AUGCUUGCAAUAGAAGGGACAACACUACAUAACAACAAGGACACAUCAAACCUAGAAAUCAUUUUCAACCAGAGGGACAUAUGCUCGGCCGCACCACACUCAGACGACCUAGUGGUAAUUUCUAUCCAAACAGGCGAGUUAUUGGUAAGAAAAGUCCUCUUGGACCCAGGUAGCAGUGCCGAUGUUCUGUUUUACGCUACUUUUCUAAAAAUGCAAAUAUCUGAAAAACUUAUACAACCUUCAUCCGGAGAAUUAGUCGGAUUCUCCGGAGAAAGAGUACCAAUUAAGGGCUACAUAUGGUUGAAGACAAUGAUGGGAAACCACCCAUUGUCACGAACCACCGACAUACAAUACCUUAUAGCACAGGACGGAAAAAUAGCGACACUUCACUCGGACCGACAACAAGCUCGGCAAUGUUACAACGCAAGCCUGAAAAGGUCGGCUCUAAGACUAGAGUUCCAGCAAGAAGUCAAAGCGAUCCAUAACGCAAUAGAGGUACUGUCCUUGGCAGAGCUUGAUCCGCGUGAGGACACCCAAGAAAGGCCUCAACCAGCAGACGAGCUCCAGAAAAUCCCACUGAUGGAGAAACCAGAACGGUUCACAUACAUCGGCCAGGCACUACAGGGAAAGGAAAGAUCAGAACUGGUGAAAGUGUUGCAAGACAACGCCGACCUAUUUGCAUGGACCCCGGCAGAUAUACCAGGAAUAGAUCCGAGCAUUAUCUGCCAUAAACUCGCCACAAACAAGGCGAGCCGACCUAUAGCUCAGAAAAAGAGGAAUCUCGGAGCAGACAAAUCAAGGGCCGCACUGGAAGAAACCGAAAAGCUACUUAAAGCCAACUUCAUCAAAGAAAUCAGAUUCACUACAUGGCUCUCGAACGUAGUAAUGGUAAGAAAAAAUUCAGGUAAAUGGCGCAUGUGCGUCGACUUCACAGAUUUAAAUAAAGCAUGCCCCAAGGAUGCUUAUCCUCUACCAUGCAUCGAUAAACUCGUAGACAGUGCAUCAGGUUUCAAAAGCUUGAGCUUCAUGGAUGCAUACUUUGGUUACAACCAGAUACUCAUGCACCCAGAAGACCAAAGCAAAACCGCAUUUAUAACCGAGCAUGGAAAUUUUUGUUAUAGAGUAAUGCCAUUUGGACUAAAGAAUGCAGGUGCGACAUACCAGCGACUGAUGGACAAGGUGUUCCAUCAUCAGAUAGGUCGGAACAUGGAGAUCUAUGUGGAUGAUAUGGUCGCCAAGACCACCCAUGGGAAAUUACACUGCGAUGAUCUUAAAGAGGUAUUUGAACAAGUCCAAACAUACAGAAUGAGGCUCAACCCAGAAAAAUGUGCUUUUGGAGUACGAGGGGGGCAAAUUCCUCGAAUUCAUGCUAACAUCACGAGGUAUAGAGGCAAACCCAGAAAAAUGUGA